AUGGGCUUUUGCAAUGCUCCUGACCCAAAGGUGAGAUUCCCCUUCGCCAUUACACCUGACCUGCAGGACUUAAUCAUAGCUGAAGCGACAGCGGCGGCAACUAUCGGGUACCGAGAGGAUGCGGCGACGACGCGAGUCCCAAGGCAUCGACUACAGAUUUCGAGUCCUGUACACAACGCGCCCUCGGCAUCGCAAGCCGCGUACUCGAGCCUUCCACCUCCAUAUCGAACGCGGAAAUACCAUGAUAUGGUAUCGGUCGUCCAAAUCGCGUGCUUGAUGGCCCGCAGAUGGUUAAGCCUUGGAGAAACAGAGGUACGCAUUGAGAUACAGGCCAACAACGAUGUUGCCCUAGGGCGGACUCGCGAAAUGACCGACGCCAAAGUCGUCGCGGCGGACCCCCUCGACAGACCGGAUACCUGGACUUGGAAUCAAUCCUGCCCCGAAGCGGUCGGCAGGCUAGCAACGGGCUACGGUACGAACUCCAAAAUGCCGGAGAUGGGAGAACGACAGCGUCUGCGGCCUGUAAAGAAAAGGAAAAGAUUGAGGAUGGGGCUCAUCAAGAUGAAGGACCGACGAUCAAAUCGAUUUAGCAAGGCUGUCUUGUUGAGGAUCCACGGUGCUGAGACUGGAUAA